CUGCUCUACCAAGUUACCUUAAUUAUACAAGUGCUAUUUGACGUGCGACAAUUUUAACGUGCGAUAUGCCAAACGAACGAAAAUAAGUGGGGCAUGGCACGGGUAUUGCUGUCAUAGAAUCAAGAGCACUAAAUUACUGUCGAUAUUAUAGUCACGGGAACUAAUUACGCAGGCAGCAUUGCGCUCCGAUGCUGAGACACCAGACUCCAUGCGACCAACUGAUUUAUCAUCAAAGCUCUCGCAGUUGAAAGAGGACUUAGAUGGAGAUGAGCUGUCUCUUCCUUCCUUCAGCCCAGGCCAUACUCUGGGCCCGGACACCCCAGGGAUGGCCAGAAAGCGAGUCCGGUCAGUGGUGAGAAAAGUCUCCAAGCCAGGACGCCACUCAUCCGGCCAAGCAAGCAAAGGGACUGGGAGAAUAAGAAACUUUUCCGGAAGGUCUAUUCCCGAAGACAUGAAUGAAUGCAACACCAGGAAAGGCCGCAAGCCACAUCCAGCUAUUGAUUUGUGCAAAGGUGACAAGGAGGAAGAUAUGGCGAAUCCAAAGGCGGGAGCAUCCCAGCGGCAUAGCCACGGUCAGACAAUGGAAACAAACCAUAGUAUCCCAGAACCCCAGGUCUCUCCAUCGAAGAGCAUCGGUAUGGAUGGUCUGGGCCGUACACGACACGCAGCGAAGUACCUUAAAGCUGGCGAGGCCUCCAAAGUCUUUGCCGUGCAAUAUUCAACCACCAUGGACAUGGAUGACAAAGACGAGUUGUCGGAGGAAACAUUUUCGCGGCCUCCACCAGCGUCGUCGGGAUUGACUGCACCGAUUGUGCCUUCUAGUUCGAUUAAUAUGCCGACCAGCGAGUCUAUACGGAACAUCGGCAGUGCGACUUUACAGAGCCAAAUGGGUGAAUUGAAUAGUAUAUACGAGCGGUUGGAGGCUCGGUAUCAGAAUCUGCGGGAAUUAGGUAUUGGUGAGGCAGAGCGUAAUUUUGAGCGUCUCAAGAAGCAGUGCGAGGAACAAGCCAAUGCUGCAAACGAUCUAAUAUCUGGUCUUCGGGCAGAACUAGUGGUGCAGCGCCAGUUAGCCGAAGAGGCCCAGCAACACCGGGAGCAUUAUGAGGACGCCAAUGCGCAAAUUGCUGAGCUCAAAACAUCACUAUCCGAGGCCCAGGAGGAGACUCAAGUGCUCAGGGAGAAAUUACUGGCAGCCGGAUCAACAGAAAUACCCGGCAUCAAGGUUUCUAGCAGUGGGUCUAAAAGAUGCAACGACGUACCCCGAAAUGAUUCUGCUCCCGCGGCCGUGUAUGAAGUACAUGAGGCCCAGAUGAAGGACGAACUCUAUGGUGACUUGACUGGUCUUGUUAUCCAAAACACGAUGCGCAAGCCAUCGGGGAUUGCCUUCGAUUGUAUUCAGAGAGGAAACAUCGGAAUUCUUCGUUUCAGGCUCACUGCCGGGGUCAAGGGGUGCGACACUGAUUACGAAGACGCACAAUUUACCUAUAUGCCUCAGCUUGAUGCAGAAAGGGACAAAGAGCUGACGAGCGUUCUACCCGACUAUUUAAUCGAAGAUAUCACAUUUCCACGUUCUCAGGCGGGCAAGUUUUUUUCCCGCAUUUCGCAGUCUUUAAACAGAAAACAGCCAGGAGCCUAGGUGGUGUCUAUGUUCUCUCUCACAAAUAUUUUUUUACCACAUGAAAGGAGAAGCCUUCCGCAAGACCUGCCAAUACGGCAAGUAGAUACGACGAGAAGCCGCACAAUAGAGAGAUGGAUUAUCGGCGGUUACCUAAAUGCCUUGGCGAUUAACGUUUUUCCAACUGGUUAUCUGCACUACCUACUUCCUUGCCAGUUCCAUUAUCAAUCGUUCGAUCACAUAUGACAGUGUUUGUAGGGCCCUACUAGGGAGCCAGUACAGAGUGUCGAACAGACCACAGUCUUUUCGGUUACGUAAUGGGCCAG